GUGAUCUCACCUCCUCUCCACCCCUCCUAUCUAUCCGCUGCUGCCAGCCUUUUUCUCCCCCCCCCCCGAAAAAAAAAAAGAGAAAAGAAAAAAGAGCGCAAUCCGCGAGCGGCGGUAGAUCGGCGAGGCGCUCCUCACCGGUGGAUAUUUUUUUUCCCCCGACCUGGACCGCUACUGCUGCUGCUGACCGCCAGAGUCCAGCCAUGGAAGAACUUACGGCGUUCGUGUCGAAGUCGUUCGACCAGAAGAGCAAGGAGAGCAGCAAGGAGAGCAUCACGUACCGGGAAGUUUUGGAGAGCGGGUUGACGCGGGCGCGCGAGCUGGGCAGCCCGGACGCGAGCCUGCAGGACAUAACGGACUCCGGCCACUGCCCCGUCCAUCUGUUCAAGGACCACGUCGAGCUGGAGAAGGAGAAACUCAAGGACUUUAGCGUGUCCAGGGCGACAGAGGGGAUAUACGAGUGUAAGGAGAAGAAGGAGGACGUGAAAUCGGAGGACGAGGACGCGCAGGGCAAACUGAAGCAGCGGCGGAGUCGCACCAACUUCACCCUGGAGCAGCUCAACGAGCUGGAGAGGCUCUUCGACGAGACGCACUACCCGGACGCCUUCAUGCGGGAGGAGCUGAGCCAGCGGCUGGGCCUGUCCGAGGCAAGAGUGCAGGUUUGGUUCCAGAACAGAAGAGCAAAAUGUCGAAAACAAGAAAACCAGAUGCACAAAGACAUCUUUCCCUUCUCCCCAGGUGUGAUUCUGGGCAGCGGCAGUCAUCUGGACGCGUGCAGAGUAGCUCCCUAUGUCAAUAUGGGCGCCCUCCGAAUGCCUUUCCAACAGGUUCAGGCCCAACUCCAGCUGGACGGGGUCACCCACUCCCACCCUCACCUGCACCCCCACCUGGCCGCUCAUGCCCCCUACCUGAUGUUCCCGCCCCCUCCCUUCGGACUACCAAUCGCGUCGCUCGCCGACUCGGCCUCCGCGGCGGCGGCGGUGGCGGCCGCCGCCAAAAGCAACAGCAAGAAUUCCAGCAUCGCCGACCUGCGACUCAAGGCAGGACUUCUGCGGGGCCAGUGGCUCAGUCCACUCCAGGCACAGAUCACAUCCCAAGGACCGUACAAACACAUGUGGAUGUCUGUGUGA